GAACUACUACAGCAGCGGUAUGAUGAUUUGCACCACGAACAGCAGACUACGCGGGAGUUAGUCGAGGUCAGCGCGCCGGGUCUUGGAGAAGCAGACGGAGUUGACGACCUUGUUGCGUAUCAUGAUAAAAAAGUUCACCGGAAAUUCCUGUGCCGGAAGUCGGACAAAGGAACGGCUACGAGCAAGCCGUUUAUUGAUAGUUCUAGUACAUCUUCUCGCGGCGGCCGCCCAGGAGUUGUUGUUCAUCCCCAGCUUGGAAAAAAAACGGCGCCUGCUGGUGGAUCUUCAAAUGCCUUUUCACCACCUGAAACUACUAAUCCGCCCCUGAAACUACAAGACAAUGAGCCAGCUCUUGCUCCGGCGGUAUUUGAUAGUUUGGUGGCUUCCUUUUUGCCCCCACGAGAUAAGAU